GGUCCUUGAACACACGAGGGUUAGACUGACUUACGGAGGGCGAGGAGUUUCCCCGCGUGGGAUGAUUAUUGAAUCAAUCAUAAAGAUCAAUAACUUCUGGAGGACUUCCCAUCACCUGCCAUGACUGGAGAAGAUACCGUUUAGCUCUCGGAGACAUGGACGGGCCCGAAGAGGAGAGACUGUGUGGGAAAUGGAGGGUUGCCUGCGGUGUGUACAGUUACAACCUGAGGGAUGUCUUCACAUGCCAGUGACGUGGUGCUGGGUGACGGUCUGGUCCUGCUCAGCGCCGUCCUCUACGCCGUGUCCAACGUGUGCCAAGAGUACACGGUGAAGAACCUGAGCCGGGUCGAGUUCCUGGGAAUGAUGGGACUCUUCGGGACCCUCAUCAGCGGCGUUCAGCUAGCUGUUCUGGAGACUCGUGCAGUGGCUGCAAUAAAGUGGGACUUUCACAUCGCGAUGCUCUUCGUGCUCUACGUCCUGUGUAUGUACGGACUGUACAGCUUCAUGCCCGUGGUGGUGAGGAUGACCAGCGCCACCGCGGUCAACCUGUCUCUGCUCACCGCCGACCUCUUCAGCCUCUUCUGCGGCCUCUUCCUCUUCCGCUACACGUUUUCGACCCUGUACAUCAUCUCCUUCGUUGUCAUCACUUUGGGUUUCGUCAUGUUCAACGCCGUUCCAACGUACUCCGCCCUGCCGGAGUCCGGCUCCAGUGAGGACGACCCCGCCGCCGACAACACGGCGGAGAGCUCCUCGGACCGCCUCCUGACCGCAGACGCUCGGAGGACGGAGACGCUCACAGAGGUCGCCGCGUUGUGACCGAAGAGAAGAAGGUCUUUUCUGAUUGGGAGAGAGACGGUUUCACGUUCGUUACAGAAGAAAGUUCACUUUGUUUUUAGUUCUCUGACAUCGUUUUACAUCAUUUGUGCUGGUUAAAAUGAAAAAAUUACACUUUUUUUUAUACCUUUUUUAUGUUUUUAAAGAUAUUUCUUUAUCAGAAAUGAUUUAAUAUGAUCUGUUACUGCACUUAUACGGACGUCAGCGUAUACAAUGCACCGAUGUGGCUGCUAUUUAUUGUCCCGAAACACUGAUCAGUUACUUGUUACUUUUUUAUAUAUUAAUAUAUUUGAUAUUUUACAUCAGCAGUAUCAUUAUUGUUGUUGUUGUUGUUGUUGCUUUAAACCGCUCUGACGGACCAAUCACGAUGUUGUAUUUUCCCUUUUGUUGCCAGAGUUGCUGUUACUUCAUAUCCAGUAAAAUCACAUGACUUUCUUUGCCAAAAGUAAAACCUUUUUUACUAUUAAAUUAAUUUU